AUGAUCGCGCUUCAUCCACUAAAUCAUAAAGCUUACUUUCAAGCAAAGCCAGUGUCAGUGUCAGAGCUUCCCAAAUCUGCAGAAGAUGUGGAACCCAGUGAGAAAGCCCUCCAGUCUACUGAAGAUCUUAAUCCCCACGAGGAGGACAUGAAGUUGGAAGAAGAUCUGAAACUUCGAGAGCAAUCCUCCGGACUCCCUUCAGAUCGGGAGGACGCUCACGAGGGAGCCAGCAAGUCUGCUGAAGAUGUGGAACCCGACAAGGGAGCCCUCCCGUCUACUAAAGACCUAAAUCCCCAUGGGGAGACCCUGAAGUUGGGUGAAGAUCUCAAACUUCGAGAGAAAGCCUCCACGCCACCUCCAGAUGUGGAGUCCCACGAGGGAGCCAGCAACUCUGUUGAAGCGUUGAAACUCCAAAGAAGAAAGACCAGGUCUGCUAGAAAAGUAGAACCGAAAGAAAAAGCCACCAAGUUGGCCCAAAUUCCGAACGUGCAGGGUAAGACCGCCGAAUUUAAUGAAGACCUGAAGCCCUACGAGCAGGCCUUCAGAGAAGCAGCGUCGAUAUUUUUAACACACUGGAAGUUUUCACAACCAGUUGUAAGGGGAGCAUUUGCAAGGUACUUCACACCCACAACUCGAAAAAAGAAAAGACCAGACCUUAACCCUCUGGGAUUGUUCAAGAAGCACAUCGAUGCGAUGACGGCAAUGGAACGACCGGACCCUUCGGAUGUGGAGACAUGCAGGGAAUACAAGCUGAACUUGUUGCUGCUAACAGGAAUUUGCGGCGCUGCAGAGGAAUCGCUGAAAAUGCUGGAGGAGCUUGAAGACUUGCACUCUAGAACAAAAAUUCCAGUACCAAUACUAGGCUUGGGACGCUCGUAUCAACUGCCGCCAUUAGAGGAGUUCGUAAACCAACUGCAAGAGGACGGAGUGACCUUUGGUGACUUUGUUAAAGGAAAGCUAGAUUUGGUGCCAGCCGAAGCUGCAGGGGGCGUAGUCACUUCUUUGGUCGUAGCCCUGGGCAAUUCCGUUGGUUUAGAUUUGUCAAGAAGGCUGGGUCCAUUUUCCAAAGUGCUUGGCCUUUUCGACUCAGUUGCAUUGAGGCUUAUGCACCCUACCGAAGAGGUGCCCAAGGCCUUGCUUGAUUUGUUUGAGGCUAGCAUACGCCAGGAUGCAAUAUUAAAGGGUGGUCUCGCAAGUGCACGUGAAAAAUUCGCCCCGUUCCUGGCUGCUCAAGGACUCGAUGUUACAGCAACCUUGCAUAAUGUUUCUCCAUUGAAUCUCCUCUAUUCUGGAAAGAUUUUCGAUACCAGUCUCGUCUUCUCCUCUUCUAGAAACGGAGGUGUGGAGGAUGCCGACGACGCAACUGAGCAGUUGUUACAGGCUGGAAAGACUCUUUGGACUACACAUGGAAUGUAUGUGCGGCUAACGUACUAUAUGACAGAGAGUGAAAGAGUACCCGAGCAAUUACGUAACCGCAGAAGAGACUUUAUGAAGCUCUCAAAGAACGGGAAGUCGGUUCGUGAAACAGAUGAUUUGCAGUCUCUCGCCAGAUUCCUCAUCUAG